AUGCGCACCUAUUCAUCUCGAAAGAGAAACCCUGUACCGCCAGGCGAUGAUUCCCAAAAUCCACCAUCAGGCAACCCCUGCGAAGCCCCAACCAGCAAACGCAAACAACUAUUCCUGGAGACUCAAAGUAAUCGGCCAACGAAACGGACAAAGAAUGGCACGAAGAAGGCCUUGCAGGAGGAUGAAAAACCCAAACAGAAAUCACUAAUACAAAUGCAUUUUUGCAUCGACAAGAGUGUUAUCAGAGAGUGUCCGAUUUGUCGGCUACGUUACACCCAAGGAGCAAGGGAGGAUGUCGAGUUGCAUCGCGCGCACUGUAAUCGGGUACAAAAAGGUCUGGAAUGGGGAAGGGAAGAAGAGAAAGAGGGGUACGGAAGCACGAUAGUGGAAGUAGAACAGAGGGUGAAAUUAGGAAACGGGAAGACAGGGCGAAUAAUAAUGUUUCCAGCCGAUGUGAAUGGGAAAAUGGGUUCUAAACUUUCGACAUUAUUGGAAACUGUCAAUUUAUGCCUAUCUUCCCCCGCCCUUGAUCAGGCUACUCUUCAAGCCUCCAAAGUCUAUUUAUUCUUGGUUUCGGAAGGAAGCGGUGGUCGGACGAUGGAACGGAUUGCAGGUUGCGUCGUUGCCCAGCGCAUCACCGCAGCCAUGGCAGUCAUCCCCCCAACGUCUUCAGCAUCGCCGACGCACUCUGCAAGUGUUGAUAUUGGUGGUGUGUUCUGCUAUCCAGAGCCAUUGCCUACACCGAUGGGAAUAUCCCGUUUGUUUGUUUCUUCAUCCUAUCGCAGACAGGGCAUUGCCAAUCGAUUGCUAUCCGCGGCAGCAUCGACAUUCAUUCCAGGUUGCACACUUGAUCCAAAGAAGGGACAGGUCGCGUUUUCGCAACCUACUGGAGACGGAGCAAAGAUUAUGCAGAGCUGGGGAGGCGGAGGCAUUCGAAUCUAUGAGGAAUAG